CUAUCAUGUAUCCUACCAUGACUAUCCAACGCAGCUCCAUGUGUUGCCACUAUCAUGUAUCCUACCAUGACUAUCCAACCCAGCUCCAUGUGUUGCCACUAUCAUGUAUCCUACCAUGACUAUAUCAAACCCAACUACAUGUGUUGCCACUAUCAUGUAUCCUACUUGGCUGAAGCUUUGAUCCAGUGGAAGAAGUAUUGAGGAGCAGGGAGGUUAAAGGUCACUUCAGGAUACAGCUGUUACUCUACACUAUCCCUAGAUAAUCCAGUAAUGAGAGAAAAUAUAUAGAAUAUUUAGGGCCCUAUAACAUCUCUAUCUAUAUAUAACAUCUGUAUGAAAUCCGUUUUCUUUUCUUUUUUUUACCUAGUUCCAUUUUCUCCGUUUAGUUUUUCCAGGUUUCUGAUUUGUCCCUGUUUUUCUGUUUUUCUCUCUAAAUCACACUGUUAAUAGAAAAACAACAACAUUAGAUGUUCUAAGUCCACAACAAUCCUUAAACCACAUCAGGAGACCACUUUUGAAGUCUGAGAAAAAUCUAAGAAAUGUUCAUUUUUGUGUGUAGAUACCCUUUAAUGUUAGUGGCACCAGCAAGAGCCUUGCUUGGUUGGUGGUGUCUCUGUAGCACACAUGUGAUUGCAGAGUCUGCUGAACAAAUCACAACUGGAUUGAUGCAAAUAAUCAUGAUAUCAUUCUGCCAGGUAGGCAUAGACUACUUUGUAGUUAACAUUUAAUUGACAAGGUUUUUGGGAAAGCUUUUCCAUCAACCAGAAGAUGGUUGUCAUUAGCAUAAUCGCCCAACAGCUAAACAUAAUGGUAGACAAAUGCACUCAGACAGGGGCAUUUCUGGGAUUUUCCUCUUCAGAAAGUUGAAGGAAAAUACAAAUCACUUAGGCUAAUUUAGACGACUUGCAGGCAGUGGGUUCAGAAUAACUAUGACAUAAAAAUGAAAACUCUUCAAUCUGUCACCUAAUCCUGCCUAAUGGGCAGGUCAGCCCUGGAGUAAAGUAUUGGCUGUAAGAAGUAAGAGAAAACAUAACAUCUGUUUUUUUAUUUCUUAUUACCUCUCAUGACAUUGCUUGCAAGAAUAAGCAUUGUAAUUAAUAUUUUUCCAAUCUGCGUUACCCACUCCAGUCAGCAGAUGGCGAUUUGAGUCUUUCAGGUGAUGCUGCUUGCGUGACGUAUAUUCUAGUGGACGGAACUGGAGGCUUCUUCAACAGCGACAAAAGGCUUCUGAUUCAACCAACGUGGUGGUUUGCUAGCGAACAUUAAACCGCUUUAGACCAAUCUUGUGUAUUUUACUCUUAGUAUUUUGAAUAUAAUUCUGUUUAGUUAUGUACUAGUUCAUUUAAACGUAAUUUGCUUGUUAAAUUAGCAAAUGUGGUAAAUUGAUAAUGCACUAGGCUAAUCGACCGGAGCAUGAGUUCACUAAGCUCGACGGAGAAAGAAGCUCUGAUGAAAGGAGAGAAAGAAGCUCUGAUGAAAGGAGAGGAAGAAGCUUUCAGCUUGAAAAAGGAGGAAGAGGAAGCUAUCACAUUGAAAGAAGAAGAGGAUGAUAUUACAGUGAAAGGGGAAGCUGGGAAAGAGGUUGUCAAAGUGGAAGAGGAGGAGGUAGAAGCUUUCAGAAUCAAAAAGGAUGAAGAUGCCAUAACAUUGAAAGAAGAGAAUGUAGUGAAAGAAGAGGAAGAACCUUUUAGAGUAAAAGAGGAAGAGGAGGCUAUCUCAAUAAAAGAGGAGGAAGACGUUUUGGGAGUGAAAAAGGAGGCUGAAGAUCGGAUUAGAAACAGAGAGAGACGUGACUAUCGUGGAUCCUUUGGGGAGCCUCAACAACAUCCUGAUGCUGACAAGUCAGAGAAGAAUCUCUCCAGAUCAGAACACCAGAUGGUACAGCUUGGUCUGGUCUAGCAUACAGUUUGCUCUAUCGGGGUCUGGGCUGGGUUUCUGUAAAGCACUUCAUGACAACAAUGACAUCAGCAUCCAUAAUGAUAUGUGUCUGUGUCCCCUCUUUAUGGUUACCAGGACAACGCUAGUCCUUCCUCCCUCCCGGAGUC